AAAGUUUGAGCGCGAGCAGCGGGAAGCAGCACCGAAGAGAGGCAGCACGGAGGACUGCAGAAAGUUGGACCUAGCGGCAACAGUCAGCCUCAUUGGACUUACUUUUCAAGAAGUUACAACAGAGUAAAGGAAGACAACUGGGGAUGUGAUGAAGAUAUCAGACAAUGUUGCAAAAAGAAAGAUCUAGAAAACAUCUACGGUCCUAUGAGCUGUCAACUGCAGACACAAGCCUGUCAAUCCACCUGCAGUCUGGACUCAACGAUACAGUCCCUCUCUCGGCAUACAAGAUAGAUGGCUUGCUGCUGCUGACCCCCAAGCGGUUCAUUCAAGUGAGACAGAACUGAAUUCAGCACAAUGGCAGCUGCAACCCCACAACAACCACUGGUUCUUCGUGUUGUUGAGACAGACCGGGCUAGAAAAUUAAAACUCAGCUCACGACCAGCCUCUGUUGAUGCACUGAUCAACAUUAUAAAAGAGCAGCUGGAUAUUGACCUUGACUUCAGUUUGCUUUAUGAAGAUCCAGACUUUGAUGGGAAACUUACUUCCCUUGCAGACAUUGAGGAAUUACCACAAAAAGCUGUUGUGCACAUCUCACUUUCACAAGACUCCAGCUCUAUUGCAUCUACUGAUGUACUUUCAGAUGUGUCAUCUCCAGAACGUCUCAGCAGGUGGCCUCCAGGUCCUUUUCCAGUUCCCACAUUUGCAUUUGAUGUUGAACUGAAACUUAGAGAUGGAAAUGCAGAAUAUGAGAGGAACAACAGACACGUUAAGCUGACAAGAGACCUAAAGCACGACAUUUUAGAAAAGCUUGCAUCUACUAUAUAUGGUUUUAAGGCCUACCCAAGUGAUAAAGAGGUUGCAAUGGUUGCCGAGGCUCUUGUAGCCAAACAUCCCUGCUUGAAGGAAGCAGGAUCUGAGACUGGCUGGAAUGGAUGGAAAUACAGCAUCAAGUUUAAGAUGGGCAAUUACAGGAACAAGAUGAGACGGGCUGGAUGUCAGGAGGUCACUGUUAAUGCUGGAAAAAGAAGUAGAAGUAAUCCUGAUAAUGAACCUUCACAUUCCAACAUUAAAAGACCCAAGCGCGCAGAAGUCAACUUCCUACCUAACUUUCCCCAAGGAAAGGAUCCUUCAAGCCUUGAGCAGUUGAGGCAGACAAUUGUUGAAGAAGUCAAGAAGACUGAGACGAACCUGCCCCUCAUUAGAAAGAUGAUGGAGACCACAUUUCCUCUGCGCCGACAGACCAUAGUGAUGUCCUGCCCACCAGUGAACGAGCUCAUGGAUCUCUGGCCUGCUCUCAAAAUAGAGUCUGAGUUGUAUGCAGAGUUCCAGCGGAUUACGAAUCAGAACCUGCCCAACACAUUCUAUGCUGAGCUUGACCGCCAUCUUCCUCGACUGAUGACCUUAUUCAGACAGAAGGCAUCAAAAACUGGGAAGACAGCAGAUGUCCUGGCUGAAAUUUUAAAAAUCCAUGAUGAACAGGAAAUGCAUGACAUCCACACCAAGCGCACUACCGUUCUCCACGCCCUUCCUGUGUAUCUGCGCGAGGACGUCUCUGGAGUUUUCAGAACCUGCACAGACGAGUCUGAUGAGCCAGAGCUUGAUGGUGUUGCAGUGGCCCUCCUUACUGUCAUCAGUGACCAUAACACAAGUCCAGUUCACUACCAGCCUGUGAAAAUCUCUGUUGUCAUUGAAAGUGAUGCCGUGGUCAGUCUCCCCAGAUUUGGCGAUGCCUUCCUGGUAUUGUUUGGACUCAUCUAUGCACUACACCUCAGCUAUCCCAAAGCACUGACCAACACUUUUGAAUUCACUCAAAAGAUUUUACUUGGUCUAGAAAGUGGUAAACUGUCACCCAGGUUGCAGACCCUCCAGAAUGAGUUGAUGUAGAAACUCAUCUGAAAGAAGAAUGCAGGGUAAAGCAUUUCAAAGUAGUUGAGUAGCAGUUCAAAGUUCUCUUUUUGUCUAAAUACUGCCUCAAAGGGUACUAUACUCUGCAGGUGUUCAGCCAAUAGGCCCAAACUACACAAUGUGCCUUUGUUCUCAUUAAUAUAAUGCAAAAGUAACACUAAUGUUUUGUAUGGUUUAAUGUUUUUCGUAAUGAUAUUUCUCAACCAUUGUGGGCUGUGCAAGAUGACCCAAAUUUCACUGUACAUUUGUUACUGGUUAAUGUAAAAACAAUUACAUUUCAGAGUUUUAAGUGAAAA